UUGUUUGUGUGUGUUUUUUUCUCCUCCCCCUGUGUGCACGUAAACACAUAAUUGGAAAGGAAUUUGUGCUGCGCGUAGGAGAAAAAAGUGGUAAAAGAGGCGUAUCUCUUGUAAAGACGACACAAAAGAGACAUUCUAACACGGAAAGCGGAGUUCGUAAACAGUGUUCCGUUUAAUGCCCAACUGCAUUGGUGUGUUUCGGUAGCGUGUGUGUGUGUGUUUCUAGUGGCCGUAGUGUGUGGUGCAUGCAUGCGAACGCCAAGAUGCAUCUCUCCAGCGAUGUCUCGAACGCGCUCAAGCACAUCGAAAUCAUCAAGCAGACGGUCGAAGAGAUGGAGCCCAACAAGCUUCAGCUCAACGUAAGCGACGACCUGAAGCUGGUGCUCGAUUUGCUGCAGGAUCCCGUCUUUCGCAACAUCGUGCAGAUCCAGGAUUCGUUGGCCGAGCUGAACCAUCAGAUCACGCAGCACCCCUCGAUACUGCCCGGAGACUUUGACAUUGCCAACAGUGGUGAACUGGUGCUGAGUGUCCCGCCCGGGACGGAUCUGUUCGACGCGGACUACCAGGAUGAGCAGCGGGUUCCAUCGGCUCAGAUUUCGCCCGGAAGUCCCGGUCCGGGCGGAAUGCUGGUGGUGUCGCAGCCAAAGCUUAAUCUGCUCGACCAUUCGCAGCUGGCCGGAGGGGUGGGAUCGAUGGGGCAGGCCGCAACGCUACAGCCACAGCCGCUGGAUGCGCAACAGUUGCUGAACGCCUCGAUGAAGCUGACCAACGAACCGUCGUCGCUGUUCGAGGUGCCUUCGAUUGUUCAAGACCACCAUCACAAACUUCAUCCGGAGCAAACUGAUCAGCACCCGCUCGGUGGACCGUUUGCCGAUUCACCGAAAUCCGUUCCGGAAACGAUCGUUGCUGGCCCUACUCCAGCCGAUUGGUCUCGCAUACUCGACAUCGAGCUGGUCAACGACGGUACCGGGCUGGGGUUCGGCAUUAUAGGCGCCCGUACAACAGGCGUCACCGUGAAAACGAUACUGGCCGGCGGUGUGGCAGAUCGCGACGGCAGGCUCAAGAGUGGCGAUCAAAUCCUACAGAUCGGUGAUGUUAAUCUGCACGAGAUGGUCUCGGAGCAAGUGGCGUCCGUGCUGCGCCAGUCCGGUACGCACGUACAGCUCGUAGUGGCACGACCCAUCGAUCCGGCAACGGUAGGACAGACCGAGUACGAUCAUUCUGCCAUCGUGCCGACGGUACUGUUGGCAAACCCGCUGAAAUUAAAACAAUACCUAGCAGAUUCUGGGUUCGGCGAUAUUUACGGGGUCUACUCAAUCGCUAACCUAGACAGCCCCGGGCUGGACAAUCCGUUCGGCAAGGAAAGCCCCCUGCCCGAUUUCCCCGAAACGGAAGUGUUUACGGUGGAGCUGCGCAAGGAUCAGAACGGGUUGGGCAUUACGAUUGCGGGGUACGUGUGCGAGAAGGAGGAGCUGUCCGGUAUUUUCGUGAAGAGCGUCUCACCGGGCAGUGCGGCCGAUCUGAGCGGCAAGAUACAGGUGAACGAUCGGAUCAUCGAGGUGGACGGUCAGUCACUGCACGGGUUCUCUAACCAUCAGGCGGUGGACGUACUGAAGCAGAGCGGCCACGUAGUAACGCUCUGUCUCGAGCGCUAUCUGCGCGGUCCAAAGUACGAUCAGCUGCAGCAAGCAAUCGCCGCGAAUGAGAUGAAACCACCAACGCCGGCCACACCACCGCCACCACUCGUGCCGACCGAUCUGUCCAAGUACGGUAGCAACAUUCUCGACAUUUUGCCACCCCAGGCACUGCAACGCACUCAGGGGAAGGAGCACGAGCUUCUGGGUGGUGAUGCUGAGGAAGAUCUGGACGAGACCGAAAUCGUCGGAAUGGGUGGUGGUGACACAUCGACCGUGCUUAUCGGAGCUGCUGGCCACAAAAAGCUAUCCCGCGCGAAAGAUUCAAUCGACACGCAGGAAUACCGGGAAAAGAUUAAGGAGGCAACGAUCGUCGGUGAUGGCAGCGUGCUGGAAGAACCGAACGUCCUUAUGGACGCUACCAAUCCGGUGGCAAUCGCCCGACACCAUCAGAAUGCAGCCGUGAAGCUGCGCAGCUCGCUGAAGGGUGCUGCCACGGUGGAGGAAGCUGCCCAGGAUCUGGACCCCGACAGCGCGUACAUCGUGAAGAAGUGGACCAACAUUCUGGGCCCGGAGGUGCAGAUUAUAGUGGCCAACAUUCGCAAGUUUGCUGCAUCGAGCGGGUUGGGCAUUUCGCUCGAGGGAACGGUGGACGUGGAGGGUGGCAAGGAAGUACGUCCGCAUCACUACAUCCGGUCGAUCUUGCCGGAGGGACCGGUCGGACAGAAUGGACUGUUGCGUUCGGGAGAUGAACUGCUCGAGGUUAACGGACAACGGUUGCUCGGCAUGAACCAUCUGAAAGUGGUCUCCAUCCUGAAGGAGUUGCCGCAGGACGUGUGCAUGGUGUGCGCCCGUGGUGAUCCCGAUCUGUUGCGCUUUACCGAGGAGCAGCUAAUCAGCUCGCUCGAGCAGGACGCAGCUAAACGCAACACACAGCACCAUCAUCCACAGCUGCACGGCAGUUUAACACCAUCGGAGCGGCUGGUAAAAGCCAAAUCGGACGGCAGUUUGGCCACUACGAACGGUACCGGCAUCGGUGGUGGUGCUGGCGGUGUCGGCGUAGGCGAUGGAUUUUCCAAAAUCAAAUCACGCAGUCUCGAACCCCUAACCGGGCUAGCCAUGUGGAGCUCGGAACCACAGAUUAUCGAACUGAUCAAGGGCGAGCGUGGCCUGGGCUUUUCCAUCCUCGAUUACCAAGACCCGCUCGAUCCGAACGAUACGCUGAUCGUGAUCCGUUCGCUUGUUCCCGGUGGUGUAGCUCAGCUCGACGGACGUCUCAUUCCCGGCGAUCGUUUGCUGUUUGUAAACGAUACGAUCCUGGAGAACGCUUCGCUCGAUCAAGCGGUACAGGCGCUAAAGGGCGCACCGAAGGGCGUCGUACGUAUCGGUGUUGCGAAACCGUUGCCGAUGCAAGACUCAUCCCUCGCCGGACCACCGUUCGCGGAGGAGAAGAGUGUGGCGGAAGGUGGGAACGGAGCGAUGGGAGCUGCCGGUAGCGGUAAGAUGCUGUCGCUCGCGAAGCCGGAUAUAAUAAUGGAAUGAGGAUGUUUAGUCAUAAGCAGAAAUGAAUAUGAGCGCUUUGCGGCGCUGUACCUCCGGCUGGACGCCCUGCUUGAGUUGAUCGACGGUGCGACCAAUGCCGAACGGUUUGUCGUUUAGUUCGGUACGGGUGCACGCCGUCUGCCUGCCCAACCAAACACAACCGAUACCAACCAACCAACACCAACACCACGUCCACCAGCAAUACUUGCAAUCGCUACAACGGCACCUUGCAACAAGGCCACAUGGGAAGCGAAAUGAAGCAAAAGAGACCGCAAACAAUGCACCACCACCUUUCCUCGCAAAAGCCUUUCUACAAAAAAGAAAAGGGGAACCCCUAUCCUUUAUGCGCUUGGCUUUUGGAUUGUUACUUUUUCCGUUCUUAUGACGCGCUUUUGUUGGAUUGUGUUGGACACACCCUAGCCAAGAUCGUCCCUUGCAGUUUUAGAGUUUCGGCUAAACGUUUGAUAAUGAUUCGUCUUCCAUUGAUUGCUCUCUUAUACGUUCACAUCCACGUUACUAUCAUCGUACGUAGCCCGUGUUAAAAGAAUAGGUUCAUACUACCAUUCAUUAUGCAUAAAACAUCCUCCCCAUCCCGGGUAAAUACGCUCCCGCCCAAUGCACAUUGCACCGAAACGAUAUUUGUUCGAAGAAAGCCGCCAAGCCAAACGGCAUAUCGUACUGGAGAGGAACUGGCACAGUAUUUAAAAAGCUGUUAAGAUGAAGCAUUUUUUUUAGUGCAACAAUUGCAAUCAUCCUUCAAGCACCCGCGCAAACAUUUCAGAAUUAUAUUUAAAAAAUGGAAGCACCACACUAGUUAAACAGAGAAAGGCAGGGGUUGAAAGAGCACUUAAAGUACUUACGAAAUACUACAACCAUAUUAAGGAGCCAUUUUAACAGCACUUUGAUGAAGCACUAAGCUACUAACACUUCUGUCGUUUAUUCUUGACGUUGCGCACUUUGCACUUGAAAAAGGGAACCAAACCAAACCUUUAAAGGAGCUUAUUUUUUUCCUGUUUCGUUGGAGCAUUACAAGCAUCGAGGUUUAGUUAAUUGUUGUAGGAAAAUUGGUUGACGUACCUUCGUAUGGCGGUGAAAGCGAAUUUAGUUAGCUUAAUUGUUUUAGUUCAAUUCUAUAUGAAACUUAUGAUAUAUUUUUUUAAGGAUUUUUGUUCGAGACAAAAAUGCAUUCCUUUCUGGUCUGGUUGGAGCACGCAAACUGCAACUAUACUCACGUUAACACACACACACAAACACGUAUAAAAUGCACCUCUUGGCAAAGAUGAAAUGAAUGUAACCCAUCACCAACCAACCGACCCACCUAUACCACUACAAGGCUAUCACACUUCACACGGCACCUGCACUUCACCAUAUUCAUAUCAAACUAGUGUGUAGAAAGAUGACGAGCAAUUCAUAUUUUCAUCUCGUGUUUUUUUGGUUUUUCUCGGUUCUAUCUCACUCUCACACUCUAACAUGUUUAAGUGGAAAAUUAUCUAUUUUCUUGUGCAGCCAAUUAAGAGCUUCAAGCGUGCGUCUGCUUGUGCUUGAAAAGGUACUGACACACACUUAUUUCAAAUGUGUGUGUGUCUGUGUUAUUUAUAAUUCAUCCUUAUCAAACUCGUUUGAAAAAGCUACAACGUGUCCUUUUAAAAUAUUUCUUCACUUUCUCCUAAACGAACACUUCACAAUCUUCUCGCUCGUACCGCGCGAUCUUACGCAACAGAGGACAACGCAAGCAAACAAAUGCGCCAACAAGGACACUCAAAACAGGAAGCAGAACAGAAAAGCCAACGGUGGAUUAAUGAUUUCUGACUUAUGACGUUAAUUGGAUGAAAAGAGAGAAAAACAAAACAAAUGGAAGAUAAGGAAAUGAAGAUAAAAAUACGAACAACACUUGAAACAAUACUAAGAAAGCAGAACGAAAACGGAAAAUUGCCUAAAUUGAGUUGUAGGAAAAAUAGGAAAAAUAGACAGUAGCAACACAGUGAACAUAGUGAACUCUAGUAAGAAGCAAAGUAAAACAGAGCAAAGUAAAACAAACAUAAUGGAAGAGAGGAAAAAGGCAAAUGAUGGCACCCGGGAGUAGAGCAGGUAGAACAGAAUAUAGAACACUAAUCGUAAAAGUAGGAUACGCAUGAAUGUUGUGCGCUGCAAGGAAGAAUGACAGAACGUGGAUGAACGUGGAUGAACUCAGACACUGAAUUCUUCACGUAGAAUGAAUCUCAACGAUAAGCUGGUAGGCAAAUGGGCGGCUAUUUCCAUUGGGGAAUGUUUAGAACAGAAUAGGACCUGUGUGUGUGUGUGUGUAGUAUACCUGCCUCCUCGGGUAUCGCGUUGGCAGUAGAUGAGGUGCAGUGAAUUAGGGAGUGAUCGGAUUGAAGUCACGGUUUGAUUCACUUCUACUAUUAGAAACAAUCACUUAGCCUACCGUAGAUAGCAGAAGAUCGCAUGCAAAUCGUGCGGAGGGUGUUCUUAUCGGUGAACUAACCAUCCGUUACUGUAUCCGUCGGUACGAUUAGAAGACGCUACUCGAUCUUAUCUACGGAAGACGUCGGAUUAUCUCUGUUGACUUGUGCAUGUGUUUACGUUCUACGUCAUGGCGGAAGAUCAAGCUUCCAUUCCCUGUUUAGAUUUGUCUCUCCCUGCUACUUGAUACCUAGUAGUGUUGGAACUUACAUUCCAAAACCUUCUUUCUUAAUGGGUAUUUACAUAUGUGUGUGGGAAAGAGUUGAAAGAUCAACGUGUUAGCUUAAAAAAGGUAGUUUUGAAACUAAAUGAACAUUCCAUCAAGCAUAUUGUUGCGAAAAAGUAUUACCAGAGAAAGCAGCUUAUGCUUUCUUCUCACAACCCUCAUUACUAUUUGAUAAUCUCGCAAAAGAAGGACUUUAUAGAACAUACUGUACUUACAUUGAUAAACAAAUAUUUUGUUAUAAAACUUAAAACAAAAACCUGAACAACAAGAACACCAACGAUGAUCAUCGUAUCAGCGCGAUCAUCAUCGCAUCUAUGAGUCCCUGUCCGGUGGAGACGACAUCAGAGUGACAUCGGCCAAGCAAGUAUAUCAUACUGCCCUGCUCCCUCCCCCCACAUCUUGCUUCCCCCUUCCCCUCCCCACCAAACACUCUUGCCCUGCCUCAACAUACUGAUAACGCGUAGAUCAGAUCCUCUCCCGUACGAUAUCUUUCCCCAGCGGUUAUUAUGUCACCUACACUUCCUACUAGCUGGAAGAGGAAAAAAGGAUUUAUGGUCAAAGUGUGAAGGUCGGGAAACCAACCGGUAGCAUGUAUCUGGGAGAGUGUGAAAAACGAAAAUGUGUUUUACGUAUUUGUUGAAAGUUUUGAAAAGUGAACGAGCAAAAGGAUCGAUUGCAAAUAUUUAUGAAACGCGUAGUGUAGCGACAUUCCAUCACAAUUUGUACGGUUUAGUUUAGUCAGUUGCAAAGACAAAUAUAUAUAUAGUUGUAUUUUAUAAAUAUAUUGAAUUGAAGUGGAUGUAUAUGAUAUAUGAAGUUUAAUAAAUUUGUCUCAUAAAGUAA